GUCAAAUUCUCUCUCUUUAGUCUGCUGAAUUUGGAUUCAUUGAUUUCCAUUACAUCAAAUGGGAUGCUUUGUUUCAUGCUUUGGACUCAAACACAAAAAGAAGAAGAAGAAGACCAGAAAACCUUCUUGGCUUGAACAAGACAGCAGAAGAAGCUAUGUGCCUCUUGAUUCUGAUCUCAAAGAAAGCCUCACUUCUGAUACAUCUCAGCUCAAGGAGGAGAAGCCAUUAGCACUCAAGCUUAAAAAGAAAGUGAGGUUCAAUCUGAAUGUCAAGGCUUACGAACCGAUCCCUGAUGACGAUGAAGUCGAGAGUGAAGAAGAAACGGGCUUGCGCUACGAAGAGGAUGUGAUCGCGUCGUCCUACCCUGCAAGCUACAGAUAUCACAACUGCAGGUACAGCGACAGUGAAGAAGACGGGGACAUAGACGAUGAUGAAGAUGAAGAUGAAGAAGAUGACUUUAGUAGCAUUCAGAGUGAUGAUGUUGGAUCAGAUAAUGAUGUUAAGAAUCAGGAUCAAACAAGUGUAGAGCAGCGGGCGACUGAAUCAAGAUCAGAUGUUGGACGAUAUGUUUCUUCUGUGCUUUCUCCGGUUGAGAAUUUAUCUCAAUGGAGAGCAGUGAAAGCCAAGGCCGCAAUAGUGCAGCCGAAGCUGCAGAAGGAGAAUUUAAUUCCUUCAUCCGCGGCUCCUCACUCUGACUCAAAAAGGAGAAGUGAUGUUGCAGUUGAUGCAAGUCUAUCAAACUGGCUGAGUUCGCUGGAAAUGAGUCCUCUCGUAAAGAGCAGCGGUUCAGGUCAGAGAUUAGGCCUGUAAGAAGAUGCAUAUCGAACAUUUCAUGUCAGUGUUGCAGGAGAGGUAUAUAAGAAUAUACUAUUUUUCAAGGGAUUUUGAGAAUUCUACCUUGCUGCUUUGUUUGAUUUGAGUUGUGGCAGCAGUUUUUCAUUGGUUUGGGCACAUAUUUUUCUGGUCAUUUGUUGGUGAGUUUCAUAAGGCAUGAAAAGAGAACAGUCAUAAACAGUUUGUUGUUUCCAAGUUAGAUAAGGCAUAUGCUGUUGUUACUGGAUAGCAUCAAAUUUCAAGUUUGGAGAAUUGUUACAGCAUUCUUUCAAUUUUCUGUAAGUAGUCAAAAUAUGAGUUUAUGAAAAGUAAAAACUGUGAGAGCACCUGUUAAGGCA